GAGUGUCGAUUAUCUCGUCAACAAUCAGAAGCAAGAGCGUCGAAGCAAUGGAGUGUUGCGCCAUUCCGGGCGCUUUCCGGUGCGUAAAACUUUGGCCGCUCCUCCGGGUGAUGCAAACUCACCGACACAGGUGGCCAUCAAUCGUCGUUCGAUAGGGAGCGACUCCGGCCGCUCGACGCCCCUCUAUGGUAGUCCGAUUCAGCGUAGUUUCCUUGGGGAACGGUUCGAAGAGUCGGCACACUGGUACGAUAAGCGGGGUAGCACCGACAAACCGCAUCUGCUGUCCUGCAUCAAGCUGGUCGGGCGUGCCAAGCAGCUGAUAGUGAACCGAGACUUCAGCAAGUUCCUCACCGUGGAUGACGAGGGUUUUAUACACUAUCUGCGUUUUUAUAAGCCUCAGGCGAGUCAACAGUUCCUGAUGCCACCACCACCACCACCGGCGCUGCUAUCACCGAACAUUACCAUACGAUCCAGCGCUACUGCUGGGUAUAGUGGUGGUUCCAAUGGAUCACCGCCGGUCAUGAUCAACGGCGGUGGCACGAACGGUGGUACAACCCACGCCUGACGGUUGUUAGCAAGCGAACGAUCGUUACGGAUCUGCAACUCCGUUCUUCUACUAUACACCUUCUAUCAGUACGUGCUCUGGUGGCAGACCUGGGGGGGAUGAUCGCCGAGGGAAAGCGAUCCGGCGGUCCUCCCUCAGAGCGCCAGAGUAAAGGAGGAAGCGAAGAGAGAUCCCCGGGUACAAAUCGGAUUCGUUCGCUUGCGACAUACAAGAAUCUUUGGUUGAUGGGUGGGUGGUAGGUAGGUGUAGCUCUGCGUUUGCUCAAAGGUUUCACAAAUCCUGUCCUGCCAUUACUCUCCUAUCCAUGCUGCUGGAAUGCUGUGCCAAAAACACAGGACUCUGUACUGCACUCGUGAGCCGACGCACAGGUGCAUACGAAUGAUAGAUAUAUUUGUUUUUUUAUUAUUAUAUAAAGCAGAUAGCAAUAUUGUGGUCCAUAUGGCGAAUCAGAACAGGCGACAGGCUCAAUAACUGGGUCCCGCGAGAUCGGGUACCACCGACACUGCCACCGCCGCCGUGCUCGGUUCGACGAAGCCCGUAGGCCAAAGCUAUCUAGAGUUUAUUAGAGAAUCUUCGACUAUUUCUACAAACAAUACCGUGCAACCGCGAUAGCGACCAAGCAAUUGUAGUAGUGUAAGAUCAGCGCGAUCCCGAACUGACCACAAAAAAGGGGGAACGGUUCGCCUGGGCCAGUACCACGACCCCUCGUUUAUAUUUCUUCGCUUUUACGGCGUGAUCGAUUUUAUUCUCGAUAGAUUUCGAUAGUAUGCAUUUCAUCUUCGAGAGGGUAGGCAAAGUGGCGUCGUGCGUGAAUUACCUUUACAGUAUAUGUAGGGUCCAACUAAUGUACAAAGUUAGUUCGAAUGUGGUUUGCUCAGCAGUGCUAGUUAAACGGUACGAUGCUUAAGUAGCUUGUAGGAUGUUUGCCUGUGUGUGUGCGUGCGUUUUUGUAUGUGUGUUUUUGUUUUGUAGAGCGAUUUUAGAACAAACGUUACACGGUGCUUCUCGCGACGACUGUCCCGCCCCCUUACAUGGGGGCUCCGCGACGGCAUUUCGGCAUUUUUUUCAUCGUUUUAGUCAAGCACAAAAAGAUACGCGAAACAUUCCGGUAGUAGCUGUAAAUAGUACUUUGUCCCGGGCUUUUUUUCGUGACGAUAAAUUUGAGCGAAAGCAACAUCUACGAACACAAUCUACGCAAAUGACAAUGCUUCUUUAUACAAAUGGAUCGAAAUAAAUUUUAUAGUAAAAACAGCGA